CAACUCCGGAAAUGAAUCUGACCUCGAUGCCAUAGCCGGCGCAAUCUAAACCGCGAUCGCGACACUUGUUGCAGUGCGGUCGUGUCCCAUCACACUUGACGCGACGACGUGAGCAGUUGUGACAACCUGGACCACGGUUAAUUGAGGAAACGUAACGACCCAUGCAGACAACUGCACUGACCUGACUUCAAUUUUGGCAUGUUCCGCGCUGCAAGUUCAUGUCUCGUAUGUCGACAUGUUGAACCAUACGCCGCUUGCCCUGCAUUUACAGAACACAACAACAAAUUGUUCUUCGCUUUGGGCUUGAACACCUUCUCAGAAACGACUUGGAACGAUUGGGGGUUGACGUUAUGAGAAGGGUCCACCAGCACGCUUGAAUGACAGAUCUUGCGCCCUAUCUCGAGCGCUUAGGCCUUGAGCAAUACCUCGAUGCAUUCCUGAGUGAGGGGUUUGACACUUGGGAAACUUUGACCGAUAUACAGGAGAGCGAUUUUGACGCACUCAACGUCAAGCUCGGCCAUCGUAGGAAACUCCAGCGGGCUAUAGCAGAUUAUCGCGGCAUCCCAUAUGAGCGCCUCAUUGGUUCUCCCGCCCAGGAGCCGCUUUCGGAAGCCGCUAAGGCAGCCGAGAGCGGUGCGAAUCCAGCGUUAGCCGUAGAAAGAGCACCAGGAUUGGCUCCUGAGGCCAAGAGGAAGUAUAGACGUCACCCGAAGCCAGAUGAGAAUGCGCCUGAGCGACCCCCUUCAGCAUACGUGAUCUUCUCCAACAAAGUGCGAGAAGAGGUUAAGGAUCAAAAUCUGUCUUUCACCCAAAUUGCCAAGCUGGUCGGCGACCGGUGGCAGAAGCUAGAUCCAGGAGGUAAAGAGCCGUUCGAAGCCCAGGCCAACGCCGCUAAAGAGAGGUACAACAUACAACUGUCGACGUAUCGCAAGACGGAUGCAUACAAGGAAUACAUGCAAUACUUGGCAGAUUUCAAGAGCAAGCAUGGACAGCCCGCGGAGCCAAAAAGACCUAAACUCGAAGCUGAAUCUAGUGGGAGCAUCAUAUCAACCAAGUCAUUAGAACUCCAACCUGAAGCUGUGCCUCAGGCCUCUGGACACACUCGAGGUGGCUCUGUGGGAUCUGUUGCAUCUUCAUCGCUUACUGGCGGAGCUAUGCAAUCAACUCCUUCCGUACCCGUGAUGCCAUCGCGCCCGCCACUGCCUUCCUCCCGCAGCGGUUCGCCUCCCAUUCCUGCGACUAGAGAAUACUUCCGCCCAGGACUGUUAUCAAGCCACAGUUCUGUCUCAGAUGAGUCGACUACUGUGCGAAGUGAGUUGCCAGAACCGGUAAUGCGGACGGCAGCUCUUUCCCUGGGGGCUGGUGCCUCGGUGCCACCACCACUAUCAGCACAAACUGCCACUGCUUCGCCAACGGAAAACAUGACAACUCCCGACCAUCUCGAACGUUCUAGAAUAGCAUACUUUCUUCAACAGCAGAAUCCCCCCACACCCCCCUUCGGCCCUCAAGGAAUCAUGAGUGCCCCGGCUCACUUGUCGCCUACAAUGCAGGAGAUGACCUGGAGACAGCAGCAGCGAGGCUCCGAUCCCAGAGCAGCAUACCAGGAGAUGCCGAGGACACUGCAUGCUUCACUCCCCUACAACACCGCGACACACCAAUUCCAACACCCAUCACGAUUACCAAUGAUGUCGUCAGACCGACCACCAGACUUUUCGCAAGGCGCAAGCAUGCGGACGCUACCACCACCCCGGCCACCAUCCACCACCAGCCAAGCCUUGUCUCAAUUGGGCUCACCUUCGCUGGGCGAAGAGCCACCGUAUUUCCGACGACCUGUGCGAGAAGACGCACGACCUCAAUUAGAUCGGUCAGAGAGCGAUGCCGCCAGCACCCUGGCUGGGCUAGCAGCUGGAGUUCCCCGGUCGGACACAGCGAAACCUAUAAAGCCUCCUCCCCCACACACAGCGCCCUAG